AUGUCAGAAUCCCUCUUGCCACCUGAAAAUGCUGGAUUUUUGCCAAGCCAUCGACAGACAGAAGCGCUUGCGGCCCCAAAGAACGCCAAAACAAACACAAAAGAUAUCUCAAUAGAUUCAGGAAUUUUACAAAUUGAGUUUGGCCGCGCCAAGAGCCUCGAUACCAUUGCAGGCGCCAAAGCGGCUUCUACAGCCAACUUGGUGAUUGUCAGCCAAGUUCUUCGCCAAGCUCCUCGCCCCCCAUCUGGCCGAGCUCAACGGUUCCUCCUCACGCCCUCAAAUCCAGGAUUGUCGAACGCAUACAAAGUCAAAAUGCUCAUGUGGCUGUUCUUCAUAGCCAAAGAAACCUCGACAAUCCACUUGAAAGUGUCCAACCUUCUGACGCUAAUAUCCUUGCAAGCCUCUCGUACCCGCGAAGAAAUCUGCUCUCCUGAAUCCGCACUCGCAUCGGAGCCCACUGAACGCAAAUUGACCCACCUUUGUAAACUCAAAUAA